ACUCCCUUCCACCCCCACAGGCUCAUUACGGCGCUAAUGAGCCGCCGCCGCUCCGUGACACCCGGCCCCUGCGUCUCGUUAAGGAAAUAGCUCUUCAACUGCUGAUUAUUUUAUUUGGAAUCAUAAUUAUAUUGCUUUGGGCCGAAUCACGGUCUAAUCGAGGCCCCGUUCCGAGGGCAGCGCUCCUAAUUGAAGCAUGAGCAUGCGCUACCUGCAUCCCUCUCUUUCUUUUUCCCUAUGAGGGAUGAAGGAUGCCGCGGAGAUCCUGGGACACAGAGAGGCACUAAAGUGCAGACUCGGAGUCGGUGGCGGGGUGUCUGAGCCCGGACAUACCGGAGAACUUGGCCCGAGUCCGGAAACCCUAGAAGGCGCGACCCAUCUUCCCGGAGACGAGCUCGGUAACGUUGGAUCCAAAGAGCAAGAAAAGCAGCAGCAGCAACAACAAAACCAAAAUUCUGCGCAAUCCGUAAGUCAGCAAACCCAGAAACAGAAACGACACCGGACCCGUUUUACACCCGCGCAGCUCAACGAGUUAGAACGCAGCUUCGCCAAAACCCACUAUCCUGACAUCUUCAUGCGAGAGGAGCUCGCGCUGCGCAUCGGCCUGACGGAAUCGCGCGUGCAGGUUUGGUUCCAGAAUCGACGCGCCAAGUGGAAGAAACGCAAGAAGACCACAAACGUGUUCCGCGCGCCUGGCACUUUACUUCCUACUCAUCACGGUUUACCGCAGUUUUCUUCGGCAGCAAUUAACGACAGCCUGUGCUCGUUUCACGCAAACGAUACGCGCUGGGCUGCAGCCGGGAUGCCGAGUGUCUCUCAGCUCCAACUUCCUCCGGCGCUCAGCCGCCAGCCUGCAAUGGCGCAGUCACUGUCGCAGUGCAGCUUGGGGGGCGCGGGCCCGGCGACGCCUGGUUCCAUGGGGCUCUCCAACAUGGCGUCAAACGGCUCGGCCCUGCAGUCGCAUCACCUAUAUCAGCCCACGUUUCCGGGCAUGGUGCCCGCGUCACUCGCUGGCCCGACAAGUGCGAGUGCCUCCACGCAACUUUGCAGCUCGUCAUCGACAGAUAAUGACAUGUGGCGCGGCACGAGCAUCGCGUCACUGCGCCGCAAAGCGCUCGAGCACACAGUCUCAAUGAGUUUUACUUAAUGGCGCGCGCGGGUUCCGAAUAUGUUCUACUGUCGGUUCGUCUUCUUUUACACCAUAUUUUUCCUCCCAUAUUUUCUCUUCAAAUUUUUUUGACCUACUGUCUACCUAUCUAUCAAUCUUUAAGGCAAUUUAUUCAGGCCUAUUAUUUGGGACUUUUUUUUUUUUUUUUUUUUUUUUCACCAAACACGCUGCACAUAACAGACAGAAUGUAACGCACAUAUUUGCAAUAUUCGACACAGGACGCUACCUGCCUUGUGAGGUUUUAUUUAUGAAAACAAAUACUUGCAUAUUACGGACCACGAUUUUUUUUUUAAACGGUAAAUAAGUAGGAGAAUGAAAGGGCAACUGGUGUAAAAAGAGAAGAAGAAAAAAAAAAUCAAGAAUAAACGUCGAAUGCAUGCGUGGACGGCUAUAUCCGAUAAGGGGAAAUUUAUUAUUUAUUCUAUUUAUUAUUUAUUUUAAAAAGAUCAUUUUACGGUUAUAGUCUAUGCUGUUCUACAGUAUGUUUUGUGUAGAUAAAGCAUUUUAAAUUGCUCUAAUUUGGUCGAUUUGUGAUAUGUUUUAGGUUUGUCUGUGCGUAAUCCCAAUACAGAUUUCUUAAAUUUCUUAACUGUUAUAUGCUUUCCUGAACAUAUUUAUA